CAGAAAAUACCCUUUAGACACAAACUGGAGCUGAGAUCACGUCUGGACGAGUCUCUCUGAGCUCAUAUCAGCUGAUCUCAGGUCUGUAACCUGUCUGCAGUGAAGUAUUCAGAGUCUGAACAGAAGCUAAAGCUAACAGGUCCCGGGUCAUGUGAUGUCACACCCAGCUGUGCCUCCUGUGUCUCUGUAUGACUUCAUUCACGUCGCCUCAACAUGAGAACAAACACAGAGCUUCAGUGAAUGUUGUGACCGCCCUCUUGCCUUCCCGUUUGGGUUGCCUUUUCCUUUAAGGAGGGAAACAGGAAGUGCAGCAGCAACACUGCCUGUGUUGCUGCUGCUGCUGCUGCUCAGAAAUAUGUAUCAGCUGCUGGAGUCAGUCAGUUUCUCUCUCGGCCUGGAGAACACUACAGCCUCCAUCUUUGAUCCGACCCUGAAACAAGACGAUGGGUAAUUUUUUGAGUGAAGAAAGGGAGCGUAUGAAGCAGAUCGAGAGGGAACGACUGGAACGUUUUCUGAAGCAGCUUGACAAAGGUCCAGAUCUGAGAGUCAGCAGGAGCAUCAAGAUGUUCACCAGUCUUGAGUCUUCAGACAACCUGAGGCAACACUACGAGACAAGGAAAAUGGAGGCGGGUGAUGUUGCUGCAGACUUGAUCAAGAACCUGGUGGACAAGCUGGCUGGCUUGGAGUCAGCUCCUCAACUGGCGGGCCUCGGAGCGCUGGCUGUCGCCGUCUUCAUCGAUGUCAUUACCUUCAGUCCACCAGAGGAGAGCACGAAGGACGCUCUGCGUUGUGUGUUUGCUGAGGAGAAGGCGUCUGAGGUCUGGGACCAGAUUGACGAGUGCCUGAAGAGAUGCAUGAUGAACAUCAACGACGACGACGAACUGAGGAGCAACAUCAGCCGGAUCGAGUGCCAGCUGAGCGCCGCCCUCACCAAGCUGAAGAACUCCAUGGUGAAGGACGGACACAUGACGUCUCCGGCUCUGAAGGCCUGGGUGAACGGGGCAGCCUUCCACGUCCAGAUGCUGAUUCACCUGGUGAGACUCGGAGGGAUUCAAACCUGCGACCCUGUGCAGCGAAUCCUCUCAGUAUACCAGAGCGACAUUGACCCGCUGUUCAGGAAGCACAAGGAGAUGAUUGAGGAAAAGUCUUCCAUGAAACGGAUGACUCGCGUCUUGGUCCCUGAAGGUAAAUUUUAUGUGGAUGAAGAUUCAAAACUCUAUGACAUGCAUCCUUUCGGCAGCUAUGACGAAUACUUUGAGGUGUAUUAUGAGCACAGGUACGACAGGCAGAGGUGUGAGAUUCAGCAGUACUUCAGUGAUGUCAGACAGAACCUGCAGCAGCUGGUCGAUCAGAGAGGCUCCUUUAAUGUCUAACGAGAGGCUGAUAAAUCUGAAGACAGACACCACAGGGACAGAAGGAUGUGACCGGUUUGAAUCGGACUUGUCUCAUGGAUGUUUUGAUUUGGACCUGGGGCUGUCCACAUACUUAUGACCACAUAGUGUUUAUUUGGUGAGUUGAAUAAAGACACAUAAAGAAGAAGUGA